AUUAUUCAAGGUUGAUAAGGCUUUAACUGAAAGUACAUUGUUAACGGUCAGUUCUUUUUGUGACUUUUAGUGAGUACGUUAACAGUAAAAAAAUGGACCGCUGGAUAGGAAAAGUUGCUGUUGUUACAGGCGCAAGUUCUGGGAUUGGGGCUGCAAUUGCAAAAGCUCUUGUAGAAAAAGGUCUACUUGUAGUCGGUAUUGCCAGAAGAAUCGAAAAAAUCGAAGAUCUAUCAAGAAGUUUAACAGACCAACCAGGUAAAUUAUUCGCUCUACGAUGUGACGUCGUUAAAGAAGAUGAUAUUUUAAGAUCUUUUCGUUGGAUCGGAGAAAAUGUCGGACCCAUCCACAUUUUAGUCAACAAUGCUGGUUUAACGAGACCAACCAAUUUGACUGAGGGUUCUACAGAUGAUUGGAGAAAAAUUUUUGACGUCAACGUCAUGGCAUUAUGUAUUUGCACCAGAGAAGCCAUCAAAGUCAUGCGUCAAAAGAAAAUAGCCGGACACAUAAUUCAUAUCAAUAGCGUGGUUGGUCAUCAAGUGCCCGUUUUGCCCAAGCCGAAUUUCAAUGUUUAUCCGGCAUCCAAGCACGCUGUUACAGCACUAACUGAGACUUUGAGACAAGAACUUUGUUACAAUCAUUCUCCUAUUAAAGUUUCGAGUAUUAGUCCAGGACUUGUUACGUCUGAAUUCCAGGAUAAUUUUCCUAAUGAUGGAACGAAGGAGGCACUGGGAGAACUUAAUGCUUUAAAACCGGAUGAUGUUGCAGAAGGUGUUGUUUAUGUGCUUGGCACAGCACCGCAUGUUCACGUUCAAGAGCUCAUGAUACGACCAUUGGGAACUCUAAUUUGACCAGAG